AUGUUCAAUAUACUUAAAACUAAAUCUAUACUAGUUUAAUAAAAGUCUGAAGGUUAUGAUGCAUUCAAAAGACCUCCAGAUUUUUUGUUUGCUGAACGACAUGGAGUAUAAUAAUAGACUUUGAAUUUAGCAAGCAAGUAGAUUUGCAGUAGCUGAUAAUGAAAAAGUAUAAUUAUGUACUUGUUGUGGAAUGCCAAUACAAAAUGAUUAGUUACCAUUAUGCUGUGAUAAAUAGGAUAUUAAUUUUAAUGGAGCUGGUAUUCCAUUAUAUUUUGAGUUCAUAUAAUUUGCUUCAGUUUUACUCGUAACCUUGGGGUAUUUAGGUUUUAUUUGAAAUAGAUUGAUAUCUGGCAUAUACAACAUUAUUACAAAUGUCUAAGGUAGCUCUUGUGAAUAGUAUUCCAAUACUUGUUCUUUGAAUUAUUACAAUAAAUAUGCCUUAUCUAAUAAGGCAGAGUAAAAUAUUUAAAUCUAUAAUAGAUAAUAUGAUAUUGGUCUUAAUGUUUUAGAUUUAAUUUCGACUAUUAUUAUUAUUGGUUUUACAAUUUAUUAUAGAAGAUGGAUGAAUUUAACUGCAUUAGAAGUUGAUAAUGCAGUUAUUACUAUUUCUGAUUUUUCUAUUUAAGUAAGCAAUUUGCCUUUAGAUGCAACAGAAUAAGAAAUUAAAGAAUUUUUUAGUAAAAUUGAAAAGAAAGGAGUUGAAAAAUAAUUACAUAUUUAAAGUAUUUGUUUAGGAUGGAACAUAUAAUAAUAUACUAAUAUAGUCAAUUAAAAGUUAGCAAAAGAAAUUUAGAUUAGUAAUUUAAUAGCAUUGUAUUAUUUACAUUAAUGUUCUAUAGAGAAUAAACAGGAAAGUUGAAGAACAAAUAAUAAAAAAUUAUACUUGAAUAAGAAAUAAUGGCACUUAAUAAAGAAAUUCAAGGAUUUCUUGAGGCAUUUGAUUAAAAGUUCUUAUUAAGUGGAGUUGCAUUUAUUACUUUUAAUACAAGCGUAUAUAUUAAAUAUAUAUAAUUAGUAAGAAGCUUAAGAAUGUAGAAAGUUUCAUAAUUAAACAAAAAUUUAGUUAUUAUUUCAUUAAUUAUAUUAUUGUUUUAGAAGAAAACGAUAAUUAACAAAAUUCAAAGGGAAAACUCCAUAUGUAGUAAGAGCACCUGAACCAGGUGAUAUUAUGUGGGAAAAUCUUGGAGAAAAACCAUGGAAAUAGAUUUCUAAUUAAACUUGGACAAAUUUAGCAACAUUAUUGAUAUUAGGAAUAUGUUUUGGUGCUAUAUUGGGAAUUUCAAUUGGUUAAAAUUCUUUAUCUAAAAGUGAAUCAAAAAAUACAUAUAAAUCAGUAGCAUUUAUAAUUACAUUUUUGGGUUUAGUAGCUUCUUUUGUUAUUUCACUUCUUAAUUCAAUUAUGGCAUUUACAAUAAAGAAAUUAGUAUUUUAUGAGAAACCUUACACUUAAACAGAUUUUAAUAUUAGUUAUGCAAAUAAAUUAGGAAUGGUAAAUUAUAUUAAUUAAAUUUAGUCUUAAUUUAUUAAUACAGCAAUUAUACCAUUAUUAGUUAAUUUAACAUUAUAGGAUGAAUAAUUAUUAAUAAGUUUAUGGAAGAGUGGAGGACUAAAUUCUGAUGUGAGUCUUAUUUUAAUAAUGAAUGCUAUAUUUCCUUGGGUGAUUAAUCUUUUUGAUCCAUUCUAUUUUUGGAAAUUAAUCAAAAGAUAGAGAAUUAAAAAUUAAGGAGUCUAAUGUACAUUAACUCAAAGAGAAGCUAAUAUAUUAUUUGAAGGAACAAAAAGUGAUUUAUCUCAAAAAUAUGCUACAAUAGUUAAAGCAUUAAUGUUGACUUUCUUUUAUGCUUAAUUAUUACCUAUAGGAAUACCUAUUGCAUUGGCAUUUUUAUUAAUAAAUUAUUGGGUCGAAAAAUAUUUAUUAUUAAGAAGAUAAUCAAGAAAUGCACCUUUAGGUAAAUAAUUGGCAGAGGAAAUGAUAGAUUUAUAUAUAGAAUUAACUUUAUUACUUUUUGCAGCAGGAAAUUGUAUUUGGUAAAAAGUUGUAGUAGGGGAAAUUAAUGCUAUUGUUUGGACAUAAUUAGCAGUAGCAGGAUUUUAAUUUCUACUACCUAUUGAUUGGAUAUUUGAGUGGUUUUUUAAUUUUGAAGAAGCCUAAACUACUGAAACAUAUGAAUAAUAAAAAAAUUAAUUAUGGGAUGUAUGAUAAUAUAAUAUUAUAGGAUUAUUUAAAACGAAAUCCAGUAACUUAAUAAAAAAGUAUUGAACAAUGGAUUAAAGAAUAAGGAGGUGACUAAAAUAAAAAAGUUUAAGGAUUUUUGUAAAAAUUAGAAAUAAAAUAUUAAUAAGAUAUUACAGAAGCUUAACAUAAACUUAUUAAAAAAUUUGUACCAAAAGAUCUAAUUAAUGUAUAUAAUUCUGUUAAUAUCAAGUCUCAUUAUGAGAUCAGAAAAAAUCAAGUAUUACCAAAUAAUCUAGAAGAAUCUUUAUUAAUUAAAUAAUAAGGAAUUAAUGUAUAGAAACCAGAGAUAAGGUAAGCAGAAUCAAUAUAUUUUGCUAAAAGAGAAACAGAAUUUGUACCAAAUAGACCAUAAAUUAAAUAAGCUGAUUCUUUCACUUAUGAUUGAA